AUGUAUAAGCCUCCACCACUCCCAGCAGAAUUCGCUACAAAGGCGACGUCUCCUAGAAUCUCCGGCAGCGGCACAGGCAACAUGUUCGGUCGUGACAAGUUCACGUCUACUCAUGACCUGGUCGAGCAGAUGGAUUACUUAUUUGUCCGCAUUGUCAAAGCAAAAGAACUAGACCGAAUCGGCGGCUGCGAUCCUUAUGUCGAAGUAAAAUUAGGAAACUACAAAGGGACAACCAAACAUUUCGAAAAAAAGUCCAACCCGGAAUGGAACGAAGUUUUCGCCUUCUCCCAGGAUCAAUUACAGGCCACCUCUGUCGAGAUUGUCGUAAAAGACAAGGAUCUCGUCCUGGAUGAUUUCAUCGGCAGGCUUCAGUUCGAACUCAUCGAUACCCCGAAACGGAUCCCACCCGACAGCCCGCUGGCUCCCGUUUGGCAUAGGCUGGAAGACAAACAGGGGAACAAGAUUAGAACAGGGGAGAUCAUGCUUGCCAUAUGGAGAGGAACUCAAGCGGAUGAGGCUUUUACCGACGCUUGGCAUUCGGAUGCAGUUACAGCGACGAAAUUUGAAAACGUCGCUAGAAUUAGAGGAAAAGUUUAUCACGCUCCUAAACUAUGGUAUGUUAGGGUCAACGUUAUUGGUUGUCAAGAUUUAAUCCCAAACGAAAAGGGAAGAGUUCCUGAUGUUUGUGUUCAGGCAAUUAUAGGAAAUCAAAUCUUGAGAACUAAACCAUCCAAAGGCCUUUGUCCACUUUGGAACGAAGAUUUGCUUUUCGUGGCGGCUGAACCUUUUGAGGAGCAGUUGAUUUUGAUAGUUGAAGACAAGAUUGAAAACAACAAGAACGACGUUUUAGGGAAAUGCGCAGUUCGUCUUCAAACAUUCCCUAAGAGGCUCGACAACAAGCCCGUUCCGGCCAGGUGGCAAGAUCUCGAGAAGCAUCAUGCUGCCGUGGAAGGAGAAAAGGCGAAGAAAUUCGCUAGCAAAAUCCACUUAAGGGUCUGUUUGGAAGGCGGUUACCACGUCUUGGACGAAUCGAUUAACUACAUUAGCGACACUAGACCGACGGCUCGCCAACUUUGGAAACCGAGCAUCGGGUUAUUGGAAUUGGGGAUCAUAAGCGCCACCGGCUUACCUCCUAUGAAACAACCGCCGGCCACGGAUGCCUUUUGCGUAGCAAAAUACGGUCAAAAGUGGGUGAGGACUCGUACCAUAAUCAACAGCUCGACCCCGAGGUGGAACGAGCAAUACACUUGGGAGGUUUACGACCCGUGCACGGUCUUAACCAUAGGAGUGUUUGACAACGGUCACUUAAACGAAGGAGGAAAGGAUUCGAGAAUUGGGAAGGUGAGGAUUCGUCUGUCGACUCUCACGACCGGGCGAGUCUACACGCAUUCAUACCCUCUGAUCGUCUUGCAUUCGUCGGGCGUGAAGAAAAUGGGCGAGAUCCAAUUGGCGGUUAGGUUCUCGUGCACCUCGUUCGUGAACAUGAUCCAGAAAUACACACAACCCAUAUUUCCGAAAAUGCAUUACGUUCAUCAAUUGCCGAUGCAGCAAGUCACCAUGUUGAGAAACCAGGCGACGUUAAUAGUCUCUGCCAGGCUAAGCAGAGCUGAGCCUCCGUUGAAGAAGGAAGUGGUGGAUUACAUGCUGGACGUGGGAUCGAACAUUUGGAGCAUUAGGAAGGCGAAAGCGAACUUCUUUAGAGUUCUAGAUGCGUUAAGCGCUAUAAUUUCAGUUGCGAAAUGGUUCGAUCAGGUCUGUCAUUGGAAGAAUCCAUUAACCACAUCUUUAAUCCACGCCCUGUUUUUAAUCUUAGUGACGAUGCCCGAAACGAUCUUACCCACGAUCUGUCUCUUCAUUUCGGGGAUUAGUGUCUGGAAAUACUUCAAGUUGAAACCGAGCCACCCUCCUCACAUGGACAUCCACUUAUCGCAAGCUCAUACGGUGGGAUCAGAAGAACACGACGAAGAGUUGGACACGUUUCCUACUACGAAAGGGCCUGAUAUCGUGAGGGUGAGGUACGAUCGGAUGAGGAGCAUUGGGGGGAAGAUUCAGGGGAUAAUUGGGGACUUUGCGAACCAAUGCGAGAGGUUUCAUUCGUUGGUGAGCUGGAGGGACCCAAGGGCGUCGGCUUUGUUCUUGGUCUUUUGUUUGGUUGCUGCCGUGAUUCUCUACGCUGUUCCUUUUCAGGUGGUGGUUGUGGUGGCUGGUCUUUACGUGUUCAGGCACCCCAAGCUUCGUCGGAAGCUUCCGCCCAUAUUUGCUAAUUAUUUUAAGAGGUUGCCUUCAAAAUCAGACUGUAUGUUGUAG